UUUUAUCAUGUUCUUAAAAAUGGGUACAAUUUCCUGUCCAGCUUUCUGUUCCAUUCUGUUUUUUCUGCUGAUGUACACAAUGAGUUUAGCUUGGCCUACAAUCAUUUUUGUGUAUACUGUAGCGAUCUGAUCCCCAAGUGUGAUAAAACAGUCUCUGCAUCUUUAAGGCCUGAGCCUGCCUUAGUUAAAAGGAACGUUUAGAUAGAAGAAGCUCUUUGAGUCCAGGGAGGUCAUUUUCUGAUACGUCCAGACGAGCACCAAAGAUGAUUGGUUCCUUUAGCAAAAUAAUAGAGGGAGGACCCCCUGCUCACCCACUGGAGAGAGAGAGAGAGAGAGAGAGAGAGAGAGAGAGAGAGAGCUGUGAUAAGUGCAAGAUUAGUGUAAGGGAAGCGUGUAAACAUUUAAAGAUUUGGAGGCAAAAGUCAAGCCUGAAAGACAAAAUUACAUAACAAAGAAUUUCAUCAUGGAAGGACUGGAUUUUACUUCGAUGACGCUGAACCGUCGGCCAGAAUUGUUUGAAUUUGAAGGCAUCACUAUGAGCCAUUACUUCACUGAUAACUGGGAAAAUAUUCAGAAGUUCCAGGCAAAACCAGACGACAUCCUCGUUGCCACUUACCCCAAAGCAGGUACUACAUGGGUUUCCUACAUUUUGGAUCUACUUUAUUUUGGCAAUACAGCACCAGAGCGUCAGACCUUAAUACCUAUUUACCUGCGAGUGCCUUUCCUAGAGAUGUUUGUUCCUGAUAUGGCUGUAGGGGUCGAUCUAGCAAAUAAUUUACCCACCACACCACGACUCAUCAAAACUCAUCUACCUGUUCAACUGGUGCCCAAGUCCUUCUGGGAACAGAACUGCAGGGUCGUCUAUGUAGCUCGCAACGCCAAAGACAACGCUGUGUCUUAUUUCCACUUUGAUCGUAUGAAUGAAUUACAGCCUUAUCCAGGAGAAUGGAACGACUAUCUACAGACGUUCAUGAAUGGAAAAAGUAAAGUCGGUGACUGGAAGAAUCAUUUCACUGUGGCUCAGAAUGAACAGUUCGAAAAACACUACAAAGAGAAGAUGAAGAACUCAACUUUACAGUUCCGCACAGAGCUUUAGGCCAUCGGGGGUUCUUGGAAUGUCCAUGUUACCUGCAUUUUAAAUUGUUAAAUUGCACAUAUUGUAUAAUAAUAAUAAUUCUUUGAAACAGUUAAUUUUGUUAGGAUAUAGAAUAUUUUUAUAUGUAAGAAUGACCUUUAAUUGUAAUACAAUAACGAGGAAAGUGGAGGCAAAUGCAAAUAAUAUUGAAGAAUCAGAAGUGCCUAAUAAUCUCAGUAAAACAAAAAGCAUAAACCAGAACUGUAAAACAAGAAUCAGGACAGCCAUGGAAAAACAAAGCCAAAGAAUCAAAACCUGGUACAAUUAGAGAUCAGAACAGCAAUAAAGCAAAUGGUAAGUCAGUAGUGAAAAUGCUGGUUUAUUAUAUACUGUAAGGUAUUAAUGCUUACAUUUGUGUCUGUGAUUAGCAGAGAUGGAAAGUGUAAGUGUAAGUAGAUUUGUCUGGUAUCAGUAUUUUAAAUUAACUUUUUUUUCCGAACAACUUUUUACUUUUACUCAUUACAUUCUUUUACACAA